AUGGAACAAAUUGGCAUGCGCUUCUUCUCCGUCGACCACCUAAACGUUAUUCUUCGCGACCAUCAAGCAUCCACCCGCUUUCAUCGCUUCCUCACUCAGUACAGGCCAUAUACUCUGCCUUCCCUCGACAGUUAUGUCGACACGCAAAAGGCUGUUGCUGCUAUAGAAUAUGCCAACUCUCUUGCGGACAGUCUACCUUCUCUGACUGGCGACAUACCGAGGCCUGCAGCUACCGUGGAAAAGAGCUUUGAAGAACGAUCACAUAUGGUAGUGCAGGAGCUGGUGGAUGAUGCUCUGCCUGCCUACCUCACGCACCGCCUUGUACAGCUUGUGACUGACAGUCUCGUCAAAGAGAUCACCGGUAAUAUCGCGCCAGUCCUACGUAAUCUCAUUCCUUCUCUGGCCGAGGUAUACUGCAUCAGCGACCCCUCGCUACCCGACAACCCCAUUGUCUAUGCCUCUGAAGGUCCCUUCUACGACAUAGGAGGUUAUCAGAAGGAUUUCGUGAUUGGCCGUAACUGCCGUUUCUUGCAAGGUCCAAAAUCAUCUUCCGCCACUGUACAUCGAUUGAUAGAAGCUUUGAGAGCGGGCCAGGAGAUCACCGAAACGAUUCUGAAUUACCGACGAGAUGGCAUACCCUUCAUGAACCUCCUCAUGAUCGCACCGCUGUACGAUAACAAAGGCCACGUGCGCUACUUUCUCGGCUGUCAGAUCGACGUUACGCACCUGAUUGAAGGCGGCAAAGGCAUCGAGACAUUCGAGAAACUUCUUGCCAACGAUCGCGCUGAAGAACGAUACCGUGGUCGGAGCAGCCGCAAGCCAACGCAGGUACUGGGAGAGUUGGGCCAAAUGAUGAACGAUGACGAGCUGGAUGCUGUUAAUGUCCGCCAACGCAGCCGAUCACGCAGCUCGACACCUGCUGGCUCUUCGCGCGUUGGUCCUGCUCCUAUCAGGCAUAACCGCAAAGUCUUUGGCAUGGACGACUCUCUUGAACGUGGACUGUGGCCUCAUCCUUCUCUUGGUCCAUCUGGACGCCUGCCCGGUGUAUACCAGAAUUACCUACUCGUCCGGCCCUAUCCAUCUUUACGCAUUACAUUUACUUCUCCCGCUCUCCGAAUCCCAGGCCUACUCCAGACAAAGUUCAUGGACCGUAUCGGAGGUCCACAAGAAGUCCGCGACGGCGUGCUCGACAGCCUUUCCCACGCAACACCCGUGACAGCAAAGAUCUCCUGGCUCUCUUCACCAACACUACCUGACAGCCCUCGGCGCAUCAGCAUUGAAGGUAAACCUCGCUGGAUCCACUGUACGCCCUUGCUCGGUAGCGACGACAAAGUCGGUGUCUGGAUGAUCGUCAUGGUGGAACAGGAGCAAAUCACAGGAAAUCUCACAAGGCCGUCCGAACUUCCCAAUACUUUCCCGUCGCCACCGCCGAAUGUCAUGGGCAGAUCAUCGCUGGACUCUCCUGUUAGAGGCGGAGAAGGAGCGAGAAGUCCAAGAUUCAGACCUGAGACUGGGAAGUUGUAUGCUGAGUAUCUGCGCCGGGAGGGAAAGAGUCAUGGACCUGAAGAUGUGGCAAUCAAUGGCUCGUUGGGUAGUGGUAGCUUCAGGGAGGCGAGACCAUUCCACGACUUUUGA